UAGAUUUUCAGGCGAAGCUACGCUGCCUAGCAGGCCCCGGCCGUGACCCGAUGUGCGGGCGCACAGACAUGGCGCUCCUGCAGUCAUGCUGCUGCUGGCAUUCUCUGCGCAAGGGAAGCUACGCCAGCGCCCUCUACACCAUGGCCUACUUCGCACUCACGCUGCUCAUCAUGGCCGUCUUCCUGCACGAGGAGCGGCAGUACCUCGCGGGCCAGGAAGGCAACAACACCGAGCCCUACGAGCCCGUCCUGGAAACGGAGACCAUCACCACGAGUACCAUGGUGUUCAACGUGAUGGUGACGGUCUGCUCCGUGCUGGGGCUCGUGUCCUCCGCUCUGCUCGUGUACGGUGUGUACAGGGACAUGAAGCAGCUUCUGGUGCCCUGGAUCGCCGUCGUGGUCAUGGCGUCCAUCGUGGACGUGGCGCACGUCGUCUACCUCAUCUACAUCGAAUCGAAAAACUUUAAUCCCAUGACGACCAUCGUCUUUACCCUCGACUUUUUCCUCAUCAGUUUCAACAUCUAUUCCCUGCUCUGCGUGGUGUCGCAGUACCAGGAGUACCGAGCCGGCCGCGGCACGGCGCACCAGCACAGGCAGUUCCCGGCCGCGGCCCAGGUCCGCUACGUGUCCAAGCCCGACCUGUGGCCGGAGGGGCGCGGGCGCACUCGCGGACUGUCGCUGGUGCCCACCCCGACGGGGCCGGCCAACGGGCCCGGCUUCGGCGCCAUGGGCGACCACCCGCCGCUCACCCUGGUGUCCCCCGCGCACUGCUCGCCGUCCACGUGCCUGCUGGACGCCGCGCAGCCGCAGACGCACAGCCCGCGCAGCCUCAGCCCCGGGGGCGCGUGGCCCGGGGGCGGCCCCGGGGGCGGCCCCGGGGGCGGGCAGCAGCCCGAGUGCCUGCAAGACGCCGGCGCCGGGGGCGGGCCUGGGGGCGGCUCCUUCUCACGCAGCCCGAGCGUGCGCAAGCACGUGCAGUUCAACCAGGCCGUCGCCGAGCCGGGCGGCGGGGAGCCCUGCGGGCCGUGCGGGCUGGCGCCGCUGGCAGGGCUGGCCAGGGAGCGCGAGGGCUCCUUCAAGGGCCACCUGCCGGGCCGGCGGCGCUCCACCAUCCAGCGGGCGCCCCUGCCGGAGGAGUCCAGCCUGGAGCUGCAAGAAGGCAACUCUGGGGAUCCGGAAGUGGAGGUCGUGGAGCUGUUUGCGCCCGCCCCCCGCGCGCCGCCGGCCGGCCCCCCCGCCCCCGCCCCCGCCCCCGCCCCCGCGAGCCACACGGCCACCGGCGCGUGGCUGGUGCCCGUGCCGCGCCCCGCGCUCGCGGCCUCCGGCGUGCAGAGGGUCACCUACGUGAGCGGGGGCGGCGGUGGCGGCGGCAACGGGCUCGCGACCUGAUCCUGCCCAACGCGACCACCGUCUGGAGGGCAGCCAACUUGUUGCUCUUGUCUCAAUCAGUUUGUCAAUCAAACGGCUACAUUUUGGAAACAACGGUUCCGUGUUUCUAUAUAUAGCGUAUUUUUAUACCAAAGAUUAAUUUUAGAUUAGUUCGGCGCCACCGUUGAAAAUAUUAGACAUUAUUUUGGUGGUGUUUAAACUACGCGUGCGUAUAUAUUGCCAUCUGAAUUCCUUCAUGUAAUAGUGUUCCCUCUAUCGUUAAUGUACAUCGUUACAUCAUGAUGUAUGUUUGUUUUGUUUGUAUAGGGACAGCUUGUGGCAGUAAGUAUGCUUGCUUUCAUACUUUUCUUGAAGGGGAAGAGACAAAAAUUGGUCUGUGAUGUGUGAAAGACUGUUCAAGGUAGUUAGGAAAAUUUUGUUUUUUUGGUGGUCUAAAUUAAAAUUUGUAAUAUACCACGUUUCCAACUGCACUAUAACCAUUGCGAGAAACCCUAACUUAUUUAGGCAAGAGGACUGAGUCGGUCGUUAGGGACUAAAGCAUCACUAUAUGUACAGUUUUAUUACCUAUAAGGUUCUCUUCCCAAUACAAUGACUAGAAUCACUCACAACUUUAUUAGUGAUAUGUAUGCAAAUUCUCCAAACUGUUUUGAAAUAAUUUGUUGUGAUUUUCUUUUUUUCUACAGUUAAGAAGGUUUAGAAAAGUCUAAUGUAAGAAUAAUGCACAUUAUGAUUACAAUUUUGUAUUUGUCUUGUCUGUGUUUAUUUACUCCAACGCAAUCGGUCUUAAUGGCCACAUGAUGGUCACGAUCCCCUCCUUCUGAGUCCGACAGUGAGCUCUACCCGCCACCACUUUCCCACCCUUCCGCGCAUGUUUGCCCCACUAGGCAAGGGGGUGGCCUACUCGAGGCAGACAUGCGGGAAAGGGUGGUGAAGCGGGUAGGGGGAGCUCAACUUUCGGACCAAAUGCGUUUCGUUUAUGGUGACUAUGGUGCUGUUCAGAGCCUGACCUUGAGACUGGCGGGAUGAGAGCUAUCGGACUGAACGCAUGUAAUAGUUAAAUGCCAAAUGAAAAACUUUUUAGUUUCUCGACCAAAUGUUUUUGUGCGAAAGAAAAUUUGUAGUUGGUUUCUUAGUCAUUAAUGUCAUAGUAUAUUUUCUCAAGAAAACAUUACAAAAGUUUAUAACAAAGUGAUAUGUAUAUUUUGAUUAGUAACAAAUUGCCAAACCCUGCUGUAGUUGUAGUCUUUCAUGACAUGAAUUGUCUUCUAUGAAAUAUUAUUGUGAGUACUAUCUUCCUUUUCAAUCAAAGCAGUCGCUCAUACUUCCCAUAGUGAAUACAUGUCUAAAGAUAGAGGAAACUAUAGGCUAGAAUAAGUGUCUGUAUUUUAUUUUGCCCCAUUGUUGUUAAAGAACGCGGCGUGAGUAGGUCUAGAAUGGGUUAAAGGCUAGCUUCAAACAACUAGAGUUACAAAUAAAAUUUUAAAAUUAU